GUUUGGUUUGAGCUUCGCGAGUGGUGAGAGCGUGUCUUAAAAUCAGUGAUCGGAAUUAAAUAUUUAAAUUUAAAAAAAGCAUAAAGUUGUUGACACGUUCAUCGAGCUCAUUUAAAUCUUAUUUUGAAGUUCAAUGUCAAUGAAUUAAUAAUCUUUGAUAAAAUAAAAGCUUCGUCAUGCAAAUGCAAGAGAAAUAUACGAAAAAAGUGGAAGUGCCGUCGAUAAGUUCAUCAAUAGCAACAAUAAAUACGACAACAGCUUCCACUGUUCAAUUAGUGGAGCGUGGUAAUUGGGGAAAUGCAAUUGAAUUUGUACUCGCGUGUGUAAAUUUCGCUCUUGGACUUGGAAAUGUUUGGAGGUUUCCUUACUUGUGUUAUAGAAGUGGCGGCGGAGCCUUUUUGGUUCCUUACCUAGCCAUGGUUUUAGUCAUUGGACUUCCGUUAUUUUUUGCUGAAUUAGUUAUCGGUCAAUACAGUGGAUUGGGACCAAUAAAAGCGUUUAGUUAUAUUUCUCCUUUAUUCAAAGGUCUCGGAUAUUGUGUUGUGUUAACAACAGUCUUUCUGGCAAUUUAUUAUAUGAUUGUCGUUUCAUGGGUAUUUUACUAUCUUUGGAUUUCGCUCUUCCCAAGUUUAAUUUGGGGAAACUGCGACAACAAAUGGAAUUCGCAAAAUUGUUACAGCAUGCUUCAAGAUAUCAAAUGUCGAGGGGAAAGCUUUCUAAAUGCUUCAGCUGAAAUUUUCUAUCAAAAGGAAUGCAAAAGUGUUGAAAGUAUUUGUGAAGCGCACAAUUUGGAAGCUUUCAACUUCACUUCUUGCUUCAAUGGAACUCACGCAAUUCCAAUCAACAAAGUCAUCAACAGAACGCUUGCAGCUGAAGAAUUCUUCUAUGAAAAUGUUCUUGGGCUUGGAAAUGCCAAAUGGACUGAAAAUUGGGGUUGGCCUCAACCACAUCUCGUGUUGUGUUUAGCAUUUGGAUGGAUCAUGGCUUACUUUUCUCUCUAUAAAGGAGUAAAAUCGAUGGGAAAAAUUGUCUACUUCACAGCAACUUUCCCUUAUAUCGUUUUGACGGCUUUGUUGAUUCGUGCCUUGACUUUAGAAGGCGCAACUGAUGGAAUUUUAUAUUUGCUGUCACCUGAAUGGAAUCUUUUGGGUUCUGCUGAAGUUUGGGGCAAUGCUGCAAGUCAAGUUUUUUACUCAUUCGGAACUGCUUAUGGACCUUUGAUAGUUCUUGCUUCUUACAACAAGUUCUCCAACAAUUGUCACUUUGAUGCCGUCAGCGUGUCUGCAAUAAAUUUCGCAACAGCAAUUUACAAUGGCGUCGUAGUGUUUGCUAUUCUCGGAUUCCUUUCGAAGAGCAUGAACGUACCAUUAACAAGUGUCACUGCAAGUGGACCUGGGCUGACAUUUAUCACUUAUCCUGAAGCUGUUUUAUUGAUGCCAUUGCCACAACUGUGGGCUUUUCUCUUCUUCUUCAUGAUGAUCAUUCUGGGUCUUGGCUCACAACUUGGAUUCGUGCAAACAAUCACUUCAUCGAUCAUCGAUCAUUGGCCACAUUUAAGAGACCAACAAAAGCGUGUGACUGCCGGCACUUGCAUCAUGUGCUUCAUUGCAGCCCUGCCAAUGACAUGCAACGGUGGAAUUUAUCUUGAAACAUUGAUCGAAUGGCACACUGCAAGUUGGCAUAUUUUCAUUCUUGGCUUUGCUGAAAUUGCUAUUUUCUGCUGGAUUUAUGGAUUCGAAAGAGUAUUUGAAAACAUACACGAAAUGGAAAUGAAAAUUUCCAAAGUGACAAAAACUUAUUGGAGAUCAGUUUGGGUUUAUUUGACACCUUUGACACUUGCUGCAAUUUCGAUUACUUAUGUGGCAAACUUGAAGCCAACAAAAUUCCAAAAUUACCUUUUCCCUUGGUGGGCUGAUGCAAUUGGAUAUUGUUUCGGUGUUUUGAUUCUCAGUCCGUUCGUCAUUUAUGGAUAUAAACAUGUCAAAGACAUUAUUCAAGGCAACACAACAUUCAUUGAAGUAUUGAGACCAUCAGAACGCUGGGGACCUCAAGAAGUCGAUGGAAAACGUAUUGACAGAACGAAGAAGCAGUAAAACGUGAGAAAUAUCGCAAAUAUUUUUAACUUUAAUUACAUAUUUAUGUAUAAGAAGCUUUUAAAUGUUUACUGCAAAUGGUGCCAUCAAAAUUAUUUUAUAAUCACCAGCAUGUCUAUCAAUCAUUUGAACUUACCCUUUGACACAACAUUUUGUUUUCAAACAAGUUGAAUUGAAUUUCAUGAUCAUUUUUGCGUGAAUACUUGAGCUUUCACUUUUGAUUAUUUUAAGGAUUUCUGAUAUUGCAAAAAUUAUUCAACAAGUUAAAGUUUUGUGUUACCUCAUCGCACUUGAUGUCUUGAAACUAUUAAUGAUUUUGACAUAUUUAUUAUGUUAGUUUUUGAAUAUUUUAAGCUUGAUGUGAAUGUGAGCUUUCAAAGUUGAGUAAAUGUUUAUUUUGAUUAGCAUUAAAAACCUUGGGCAAGGGCUCAUUUUUUUAAUUAUUAAUUAACUUGGUAAUGGAAGCAGUAAAUUUAAUUCAUAUUGAUCGUUAUUAGGAAUUAAUUUUCAUUUGUAAUUAGAAUUAAAAAUCUUGAGAAUAAUUUGGUUUUAAAUCUUUCUUUCUCUGCAUGUUGUGAAGAACAUCAUACAUCGAAAUGAAUUCGACCUUGACUCACUUACGAACACGUUAUUGUAGAUUUUUCAACUCUACAAUGUUCUUAAUAAUAAUAAAUAAUAACAUAUGACUAACUGGUUUAUAUUUGUCGCACAACCAACAUGUACAUGUGAGAAAAACUAUCGAAGGCACGAUUUAAUAUCUCAUCCAGUCUUUUUCUCUUUAAAACACUCGACAAGACCCGGCGAAAUAUUUUUUACGAUUGUAUAAUGUCAAUAAUCAAAUUGUUUGAGAACUGAUAAGCAAUUUAUUUGAUAAAACUUUUACGAAACAAGCUUGGCUUGGUUUCAUUCGAUAAUUUACUGUGUACAAAUAAAGUUUCAUUCCAUCAUCAUGCAGUUUAAUUUAAUUUCUGGAGUUUUUAUUCUAAGCUUUAUAUCAAUUACAUUCUGUCAAAGCACAAAUUAUCUUUCUAUCAUGAACUAUGUGCCUCAGAACUUUGAAACUCAAAUCCCAAGCUGUAUGGGAACAGUGAUUUCUCCACGCCACGUUCUGACAUCAGCAAGUUGUGCCACAACUUCUUCGCCUUUAGAUGUUCUUGUGAAAGUUGUAACAAUUUCAGGAACUAAUGAAACGUCAAUCAAUUACUUAGUGAAGAAUAAGCACAUCCAUCCAGAAUAUAAUUCUGAACAACCAAAGGAAAAUAAUAUCGCAGUCUUAGAGAUUGAUGGUGAAUUUGAUAUUGCAAUGAUACCUCCCAAGAUUCUCGGUGAAUUGUCUUCUAACAGCUCGUGUGACAUAUCAAUCGGAACGCCACCGACUAGACAGGCAGCAACAAUUAUUAAUUCAACAUAUUGCGACUCGACAUUUCCUCAACUUUAUUGUUCAUUACUUGAUAUGCGAUCUAACAUAUUGUGCAGUGCUCAACUUGGUUCUCCCAUUAUGUGUUCGGGUGAAUCUAUCAUUGAUGGGUUUGUUAUAACCGACAAAGAUUGUGUCAUCACCGGAUCAUCUGUCACACUUCAAUAUCACUCUGUGAAUGAUUUUCGUGACUGGAUUGAUGAAGUUUCAUCUGCUAAACUGACGUAUAAAUUGUCAAUUCUUCUUAUCUUAUCAGCUCUAUUUACAAACUUUUAUCAAUAUUUCAGUAUCAAGAUCAUGAUGCAAAUGCAAGAAAAAUAUACGAAAAAAGUGGAUUCUCCUUCAAUUCAUUCAUCCAUAAGUGAGACAUUGAAUACUGCAACAGCAUCAACUGUUCAAUUAGUGGAUCGUGGGAAUUGGGGAAAUGCAAUUGAAUUUGUACUCGCGUGUGUAAAUUUCGCUCUUGGACUUGGAAAUGUUUGGAGGUUUCCUUACUUGUGUUAUCGAAAUGGCGGCGGAGCCUUUCUGGUUCCUUACCUCGCGAUGGUUUUAGUCAUUGGACUUCCGCUUUUCUAUGCUGAAUUAGUUAUCGGUCAAUACAGUGGAUUGGGACCAAUAAAAGCUUUCAGCUUUAUUUCUCCCUUAUUCAAAGGUCUCGGAUAUUGCGUGUUGUUCACAACAACUUUUGUUUCGAUUUAUUACAUGGUCAUUAUUUCAUGGGUUCUUUAUUAUCUUUGGUCUUCUCUUUUCCCGAGUUUAAUUUGGGGAAACUGCGACAACAAAUGGAAUUCGCAAAAUUGUUACAGCAUGCUUCAAGAUAUCAAAUGUCGAGGGGAAAGCUUUCUAAAUGCUUCAGCUGAAAUUUUCUAUCAAAAGGAAUGCAAAAGUGUUGAAAGUAUUUGUGAAGCGCACAAUUUGGAAGCUUUCAACUUCACUUCUUGCUUCAAUGGAACUCACGCAAUUCCAAUCAACAAAGUCAUCAACAGAACGCUUGCAGCUGAAGAAUUCUUCUAUGAAAAUGUUCUUGGGCUUGGAAAUGCCAAAUGGACUGAAAAUUGGGGUUGGCCUCAACCACAUCUCGUCGUUUGCAUGGCCCUCGGAUGGAUUUUGGCAUUCUUCUGCUUAUUCAAAGGAGUCAAAUCAAUUGGAAAAAUUGUCUACUUCACAGCAACUUUCCCUUAUUUCGUUUUGACUGCUUUACUGAUUCGUGCCUUGACUUUGGAAGGCGCAACAGAUGGAAUCGGAUAUUUGCUUUCACCCGAAUGGGAUCUUUUGAAGAAACCUGGCGUUUGGGGUGAUGCAUCGAGUCAAGUUUUCUUUUCAUUUGGAAUUGCUUGGGGCGCUUUAAUAGUGCUUGCUUCCUACAACAAGUUCACGAACAAUUGUCACUUCGAUGCUGUGUUUGUGUCGGUAAUUAAUUUCGCAACAGCAAUUUACAAUGGCGUCGUAGUGUUUGCUAUUCUCGGAUUCCUUUCGAAUAGCAUGAACGUUCCGAUCCAAAGUGUCACUGCAAGUGGACCUGGGCUGACAUUCAUCACUUAUCCUGAAGCUGUUUUAUUGAUGCCAUUGCCACAAAUCUGGGCUUUUCUCUUCUUCUUUAUGAUGUUGAUACUCGGCUUAGGUUCGCAGUUUGGAUUUGUUCAAAUGAUAACUUCAUCGAUCGUCGACCAUUGGCCACACUUAAGAGAACAUCAGGAACGUGUAACUGCCGGCACUUGUCUUGGAUGUUUCAUUGCAGCCCUUCCAAUGACAUGCAGUGGUGGGAUUUACCUUGAAACAUUAAUCGAGUGGCACACUGCAAGUUGGAACAUUUUCAUCAUCGGUUUCGCUGAAAUUGUAAUCUUGUCCUGGGUUUAUGGAUUUGAAAGAACUUUCCAAAAUAUUCGCGAAAUGGAAAUGAAAAUUUCGAAAGCAACAAAAACUUAUUGGAGAUCAGUUUGGAUGGUUUUGACACCUUUGACACUUUUCGCUGUUCUUGUCUUCAUUUUUACUGAUUUGAAGCCAACAGUGGUUGGUACUUAUGAGUUUCCUUGGUGGUCUGAUUUACUUGGAUACAUGUUUGGAAUGAUAACGUUGACUCCAUUUGUCUUUUACACAACUAAAAAUCUUCUUGCUAUUCAUCAGGGAAAGACAACUUUCAUUGAAUUAUUGAGGCCGUCAGGUCGCUGGGGACCUCAAGAAGUCGAUGGAAAACGUAUUGAUCGUACAAAGAAGACAAUAGAAUGAAACAUUAUUUUAUGAUU